UGUGUUACACAGCGUCGUCACUUCUAUCUCCACAAUGGCGGAAGAAGCUGUUUUGGUUGAAGGGUCGUCCUUUAUGGAUCCCUUUAAAGGGCUUUUGUUGACAUAUUUUAUGCCGGAAUCAUGUUACGACGAGUUCUUUCUCAAUUUCAACUUCCUGGACGUACCAUGUCUGAAGAUUCUACUGAGCAAAGGCCUGGGGAUCGGCAUCAUCCUGGGAUCAGUGAUGGUGAAGCUGCCUCAGAUCUUUAAGCUGACGGGAGCACAGAGCGCUGAGGGGCUGAGCUUCCAUACGGUGCUGCUGGAGCUGCUGGCCAUCACAGGAACAAUGGCCUACAGUAUCGCCAACGAGUUCCCUUUCAGUGCCUGGGGCGAGGCUCUGUUCCUCAUGCUGCAGACAGUCGUUAUCGGCUUCCUCAUUCAGCACUACGGAGGAAGAAGCAGCAGAGGUCUGCUGUUCCUGGUUGUGUAUUUUGUUCUGCUGGUCCUCCUGCUGUCUCCAGUCACUCCCAUGUCAGUGGUUACCUUCCUACAGGCCUCUAACAUGCCAGCCAUCAUCAUCGGCAGGCUGAUCCAGGCGGUCGCUAACUUCCGUAAUGGGCACACUGGCCAGCUGUCUGCUAUCUCCGUCUUCCUGCUGUUUGCUGGAUCCCUCGCUCGCAUCUUCACCUCACUACAGGAAACUGGUGACUCUCUGAUGGCCCUCACCUACGUCAUAUCCUCCACCUGUAACGGCGUCAUCGCCCUGCAGGUUCUCUACUACUGGAACAGCUCUCUGGAACGCAAGAAGAAGAGCGAGUAGGCAAAGGACAGUCGCAAAACUGUAAUCAUAGAGCAACACAUUUCCAUUUCCAAUUUCUAGACAUUCUCAAAGAGGUGUCUUCAAACUUGAACUACUUGGCACAUGCAAUGCACGUACAGAGCCACUGAGAAGUGCAGGGACAUUGGAUCUGAUGGACUAACGCUUAACUUUAAAGCAAGGAUGUGAACAGAACAUGCCAAGCAGAUCAUCCAUGUGAUUGUGGCUUUAUGAUUGACAGUUAGCUGGGUUUGUGCUGUGCAAUACGCUGAGAUUACAUUCCUCUUGAUCCUCAUUUGUCAGGCUCUGUCCACACCGGUGUGUUAUUAUGUUACCUUGGAUUGCCUGUAAAGAAUGAUUUGUUGUUUCAUCAUUUCCCAUAAACAGAAUUCCACACUAGCUCCCAUAUUUGUAAGGUCCUUUCUAUGGUCUGCAUUAAGAUGUGGCUUUAUAGAGUGACAUUGAUGCUACCAUGAAGGGUCACUUUUUCAAAUUUGUACUGAAAGUAAUGACGCUGACACGUCAGUGAAUUACAUAUCUCUAGAGGUCACGGGAGCCAAAUGAUUUACAAACAUAUCAUAUCACAAAACCUUAGUAAAACACAGUAACAUUUUCUAAAAUACAAUUGACCUAUUUCGUGGUUGUAUAGAAGUCUAUGAGAAACUGACCCUCCAUCUCACUUGUUUUAUUAUCUCAGUCAAUACUAUAAACAUGAGUUUAUGGUCUCAAUCUCUAGUUUCAAGUCUUCUUCAAUACCGCAUGAUGUUCAUUUAGUGAAAUAUGGUCCAUUUAGAGUCAAAUAGACCAUAAAGCAGGGUAUGCUUUAGGGCGGGGCUACCUUGUGAUUGAUAGUUUGCGUCACUCAGGCGUUCAUUGAUUGCAAAAAAAAAGGAGACGGCUGAAUUGUCGAACUUGAGGUUUCUAAACCGCAGUCUACAAACCAAUGGGUGAGGUCACGACGACUAUGUUCACUUCUUGUACUUAUUCUAUUGGGUUAUGGCCGGGACGUCUUUAUCAGCUGUAACCGCCAUAUGGGAGCAGUGGAACCGGAACCUACCGGCUGUCAGCUUCACAUGCACGGCUAUGUCAACCAAGCAGGGAAAAGCUGGAAUAACAACACACAACGAGGGAGUAAAAAUUGCAUUAAAAGUCAUAGUAUAAUAUGCCAUGAAAAUGUCAUUAAAAUGUUAUAAUGUAGUACUCUAUAAAAAUAGUAAUAUACAAUGUAAUGAAAAUAAUCUUGAAAAAUUCAUAGUAUGGUAAGCCAUUAAAAAGGAAUAAUAUAAGUCAUGAUAAAUGUCAUCAAAAAUAUCAUAGAAAAGUACACCACACAAUGCAACGGGCCAUUUAAACUCCCGGUUUGGAUCCUACGCUGUUUUGAGUUUUGGAUCUGAUUAGAUGACUUAAUCCUGUUUUUUAAAUGCUGAUACCAAUUGCCGAUUGUCGCUGAUCCAUAAUGGCCGAUACAGAUUGUUGUUUUUGUAUUUGUUUUAGCAGCUGUAAAGUCAGUGUAAACCGUUAAUCAAAAUCAAAUGAUAAGGAAAUGAAAGAUUGUAUUUCUAUUGAUUACCAAAAUUCAAUUCAAUUCAAUUCAGUUUAUUUUGUAUAGCCCAGAAUCACAAAUUACAAAUUUGCCUCAGAGGGCUUUACAAUCUGUGCACAUGCGACAUCCUCUGUCCUUCCCUCACAUCGGCACAGGAAAAACUCCCCUAAAAAACCCCUUUAACAGGGAGAAAAAAGGAAGAAACCUAUGGGAGAACGACAGAGGAGGGAUCCUUCUCCCAGGAUGGACAGAAUGCAAAAUGCAAUGCAAAAUCAUGGAAUAUAAGUAUAGUAUGUCGUAAAAGUAAAAAAGAAAUCCUAGUAUAGUAUGUCGAAAAAAGUCGUAAAAAAGUGAUAGUAUAGUACA